AUGCUCUCCUUAACCGCUUUCCCCUGCCAUCUCCUCCAUCACCGAUCCCUAACCCUAAUCAGAUGCAAUCCAGAAAACGGCACCGACCUCAGCCCACCGCAGCAAAUCCGGCCGCCGGAAUCAGUAGAAAUCCGAUUCAAACGCGGCUCGAGACGGAGGCGAAGGCAGGAGGAGGAAGGCGGCGGCGGCGUUAAAAAAGCGGUUGAAAAGCAGCCCAAGGAUUGGGAUUCGAUGAGCUUGAGUGAGAAGGCGAUGGAGCUGUACGUAGGCGAAAAAGGUCUGCUGUUUUGGCUCAACAAAUUUGCUUAUGCUUCCAUCUUCAUCGUGAUUGGUGGAUGGAUUCUGUUCCGAUUUGUGGGGCCCUCUUUGAACUUGUACCAGCUCGACGCUCCUCCAUUGCCCCCUUCUGCAAUGCUCAAGUCGUAA